AUGGUGAAGUUGUCCGUGGACGAAAUACACGGCCUAAUGCAGAAGAAGCGUAAUAUACGUAACAUAUCUGUUAUAGCGCAUGUGGACCAUGGUAAAUCGACGCUGACUGAUUCGCUGGUCUCAAAGGCGGGUAUUAUAGCGGGCGCCAGGGCUGGUGCCAUGCGAUUCACGGAUACCCGCAAAGACGAGCAAGAGCGUUGUAUUACGAUCAAGUCAACUGCCAUUACCAUGUACUUUGAGUUAAUGAAUGAGGACUUGCGCUUCAUCACGAAUACGGAUCAGCGGGAAGAUGACACGAAUGGUUUUCUCAUCAAUCUGAUCGAUUCACCUGGUCAUGUGGACUUCUCCUCAGAAGUAACUGCAGCACUUCGAGUCACCGACGGCGCCCUAGUUGUUGUGGAUUGUAUUUCUGGAGUUUGUGUGCAGACAGAGACAGUGCUAAGGCAAGCGAUUGCUGAGCGAAUUAGACCCAUUCUCUUCCUCAAUAAAAUGGAUCGAGCUUUGCUCGARCUUCAAUUGAACUCUGAAGAGCUGUACCAAACAUUCCAGCGCAUUGUGGAGAACGUCAAUCUUAUCAUAGCCACCUACAAUGAUGAUAGCGGUCCCAUGGGUGAUAUCUUUCUUGACCCUUCGAAGGGCUCCGUCGGAUUCGGUUCAGGUCUACACGGCUGGGCAUUCACUUUGAAGCAAUUUGCCGAGAUGUAUGCUGAUAAGUUCAGGAUCGAUGUGGAUAAGUUGAUGAAGCGAUUUUGGGGCGACAAUUUCUUCAAUGUAAAAACGAGAAAAUGGCAAAAGCAAGAAGAUUCGGAUGCCAAACGAUCAUUUUGCCUUUACAUUCUCGACCCCAUUUAUAAAGUAUUUGAUGCCAUAAUGAACUACAAAACAGAACAAAUUUCGGGAUUAUUAGAGAAGAUAGGUGUUAAACUGCAGCCGGACGAGCAAGAACAACAGGGGAAGGUGUUACUUAAGACGGUGAUGCGCAAUUGGUUGCCAGCAGGCGAAACUCUCCUCCAGAUGAUCGCCAUCCAUCUCCCCUCACCGGUUGUAGCCCAAAGGUAUCGCAUGGAACUGUUGUACGACGGUCCUCACAGUGAUGAAGCGGCGGUUGCCAUUAGAAAUUGCGAUGCAGAAGGUCCAUUAAUGAUGUACGUCUCCAAAAUGGUACCUACCUCAGACAUAGGACGUUUCUAUGCAUUUGGCAGAGUGUUCGCUGGCAAGGUGGUUACCGGACAGAAGUGCCGCAUCAUGGGGCCUAACUACGUUCCCGGCAAGAAAGAGGAUCUGUACGAAAAGUCAAUUCAACGUACGGUCUUGAUGAUGGGGCGUGCAGUGGAGGCCAUUGAAAACGUGCCAGCAGGAAAUAUUUGCGGAUUGGUUGGUGUAGAUCAAUUCCUAAUUAAAACAGGCACAAUCACAACCUUCAAAGAGGCAUACAACAUGAAGGCAAGUCAAGUCUGUCUUUCUCAAAACAAUAAUUCUCUUUUAAAAUUUAUAUUUAUUCCUCUGAAGGUAAUGAAGUUCUCCGUAUCGCCCGUUGUGCGUGUAGCCGUUGAGCCCAAAAACCCAGCUGAUUUGCCCAAGCUUGUAAUUGGUCUGAAGCGUCUGGCCAAAUCCGAUCCCAUGGUGCAGUGCAUAAUUGAGGAGUCCGGCGAGCAUAUUAUUGCAGGCGCUGGUGAAUUGCAUUUGGAGAUUUGCGUUAAAGAUCUGGAGGAAGAUCAUGCCUGUAUUCCACUCAAAACGUCAGAUCCUCUAGUUUCAUAUCGUGAAACUGUCCUUGAGCAAUCUAACCAAAUGUGCCUGUCCAAGUCUCGUAACAAGCACAAUCGUUUGACUAUGAGAUCCGAACCGAUGCCCGACGGCUUGGCCGAGGACAUUGACAAUGGCGUUGUCUCAGCCAGAGAGGAGUUCAAGAAGCGGGCACGUCUUCUCAGUGAGAAGUAUGGCUAUGAAGUGAGUGAAGCGCGCAAAAUCUGGAGCUUUGGUCCCGAUUGCACUGGCGCCAACAUCAUUGUGGAUUCUACCAAAUCGGUUCAGUAUCUGAACGAGAUCAAGGACUCGAUUAUCGCCGGUUUUCAGUGGGCAACCAAGGAGGGUGUAUUGGCUGAAGAAAACAUGCGGGGUGUACGCUUUGAUAUACACGACGUGGUUGUCCAUGCUGAUGCAGUGCAUCGAAGUGGUAGCCAAAUCAUCCCAACAACGAGACGUUGCAUUUACGCCUCAGCAAUCACAGCGAGUCCACGUCUACUGGAACCAGUGUAUCUGUGUGAAAUCCAAUGUCACAAUUUGGCUGUUGGUGGCAUACACAAAGUACUCAGCCGACGUCGUGGUCAUGUCUUUGAGGAGUCUCCAGUGCCUGGAACACCCAUGUAUGUGGUUAAAUGCUUUUUGCCGGUCAACGAAUCCUUCGGUUUCACUGCCGAGUUACGUACCAACACACGGGGACAGGCCUUUCCUCAAUGUGUCUUCGAUCAUUGGCAGUUGUUGCCGGGAGAUCCAUCCGAGCCCACCUCUAAGCCUUAUGAAAUUAUUCAGGCGACGCGUGCACGCAAGGCUCUUAAACCCGGUUUACCAGACCUUACACAAUAUUUGGACAAAUUGUAACGUAGGGCGAAAUCGAGUUUAACAAUUUUAUUAACAAUGACAGUUUUCU